GUAGGCUGGUGGGAGGAGUCUGGUUGGCCCGACUGAAGGUACCCCUUCUUCUCCUCCUUCCCUCCCCUCCUGCCAACAAACUACCGGUGGGGCAGGCACACACAGGAUUACCACUCAGUCCACAGCUGGGCGUGGAGCUGACGAUUUUGGGCGACUAUUCUAUGGAGAUGGAUCCUUUCAUGACGAACACACCUGAGACCUCUUUGCCUUCAGGGGUUAUGGAUUAAAUUGCUACUUUUUGAACUGGAGCUGAGCCGAGAGGAAAUUCACCUGACCGACCACGCCUUGCGCCUUGCGCCUCCAUCAUGCCCGUUCUGGACCGGGAGCGCGAGACAGAGCAAGGAGGGGGUGAUGCUCUGCCCAAGCUGCCCGUGCCCGCCCUGGGGGACACGCUGGACCUCUACCUGAGGACCCUGCGGCCCCUGCUGACAGAGGAGCAGUAUCAGGAGACCCUGAAGAUAGUGACUACGUUUGGGGCUCCUGGGGGCCUCGGGGAGCUGCUGCAGCGCAGGCUCCUGGAGAGGAGCGAAAACAGAGCCAACUGGGUGUAUGACUACUGGCUGAAUGACAUGUACCUGGCCAACCGAAUGGCCCUGCCCAUCAACUCCAGUCCGGUCAUGGUGUUCCCUCCACAGCACUUCCGGGCUCCCAUAGACUCACUAAGGUUCGCUGCUCACCUGAUUUCAGGGAUGUUAGAGUACAAAUCCCUCCUCGAUACGCGCUCCUUGCCUUUGGACUAUGCGCGGGGUCAGCUGGCUGGCACUCCUCUGUGCAUGGAGCAGUACUACCGCCUGUUCACCUCCUACCGCCUACCGGGGCCCCAGAGGGACACACUAGUGGCCCAGCAGAGCAGCGUGAUGCCAGAGCCUGAGCACAUCAUCGUGGCCUGCAGAAACCAGUUCUUCGUCAUGGACGUGGUGAUCAACUUCCGUCGACUCAACGAGAGAGACCUGCUGACCCAGCUGGACAGGAUCUCUAAAAUGGCCGACAGCGAGGAGGAGCGCCUCCCUCCUAUUGGUCUACUCACUUCAGACGGUCGCACCGAGUGGGCGGAGUCCCGCCGGGUGCUCAUGAAAGAGUCCACAAACAGGGAUGCUCUGGAUAUGAUCGAGAGGUGCCUAUGUCUGGUGUGUCUUGACCAAUCGUCUGGCCUCGAUUUGACUGACACCUCCAGGGCCAAGCUGAUGCUGCAUGGAGGAGGCGGGGCUAAGAACGGGGGAAACCGCUGGUAUGACAAGCCCAUGCAGUUUGUCAUAGGAUCCGAUGGCUGCUGCGGAGUGGUGUGUGAGCAUUCUGCUUUUGAGGGGAUCGUCCUUGUGCAAUGCACAGAGUACCUCCUCAAAUACAUGAGAGGCAGUCCGUCUAAACUGGUUAGAGCUGCAAGCGUGAGUGAGCUUCCCGCUCCUCGCAGGCUACGCUGGAAAUGCACUCCAGAAAUUCACAAGCACCUCUCCUCUUCUGAAGACAAACUCAACAGGCAGGUGAGAAAUUUGGACAUGGACGUUCAUAAGUUCCACGAGUACGGGAAGGAGUUCAUCAAGAAGCAGAAGAUGAGCCCGGACGCCUACAUCCAGGUCGCCCUGCAGCUAGCCUACUACAAGUGUCACGGACGCCUGGUGUCCACCUACGAGAGCGCGUCCAUCCGUCGUUUUCAGGAAGGUCGAGUGGAAAACAUCCGCUCAGCCACCGCCGAGGCCCUGGGGUUUGUCCGAGCGAUGGCCGAUUUGAAAUCGAGUGAUACAGAAAAGAUGGAACGGUUACGCGCAGCAAUCAAUGCACAGACGAAGUACACGGUUCUGGCUAUCACUGGGAAGGCCAUUGACAAUCACCUACUGGGACUCCGGGAAAUAGCACAAGACCUGAAGCUGGAGAAACCAGAGAUAUUCAAAGACACAGCCUUUCUGAUCAGUAAUCAAUUCAUUCUGUCUACAAGUCAGGUGCCCACCACCGUCGACAUGUUCUGCUGCUACGGGCCGGUGGUCCCGGACGGCUACGGCGCCUGCUACAACCCCCAGUCGGACCACGUCCUCUUCUGCGUGUCCAGUUUCAGGGACAGCCCUCAGACGUGCUCCGAAGAGUUCGUCCAGAUUCUGGAGCGGGGCCUUCUGGAGAUGAGGGACUUAUGCGUCAGACACAACGCCGACACCAAUGGGAAUCCUAGUGGGAAAGCCGAUGAGAGACCCAGUGGGAAUUACAAGGAGGAAACUCUGGAGAGGCCUGUGCAGAGCCAAGCGCCCAGGAUGGUUGUCGGGACACCAUCCGCUCUGGGGGACGUCCAGAGACCUCCGCCCCAGGUUUCAGUGAGCAAAGCAGCGGCGAAAAGCCAAGUGGAUAUCCAGACUCAGACGACAUCGCAAGGAGGCUCAAAAGAACGUAAGAUUUGAAGUAAGUAAAAAAGGUUAUAAAGAUAUCUCGUCUUAUAUUGUAUUGUCUUAGUGUAUAAUAUUAGUGUUAGUAAUAGCAUUGCUUGUAUGGAAAAUAGUUCAUAACCGAAUGUAUGGAGAAACAAUGAGCCAUCUUCUUAGAUAUUCUUUUAGUUUGCAGUAUGACCUUCCCAUUGCCAAGAGCCUUCUUCCCCCAUUUUACAACUCCUCAAUUAUGUACAUCCUGCUAAGCAUUUGUUUGUAGGUCAGGAUAUUAAUACAAGUUAGAAUACAUAAUCAUUAGAAAUUAGGCAAACCUUCUGCUUACAGAUCUUCUGGAAACUUCUGAGUCUCAUGUGUUGCACUCUGCUGGUCGUUCCGAUCCUGUCUUAGAACCCAGAGCAUCAGCAGUUGAUGCUGCCAACUCCUCCACAGCAGUAGUACCACCAAAGCAUUAAAUCCAAUUUUCCCUCCAGCAUUCUAGUCUGAUUCUAAAGUCUGUCUCCUCCCCAGUUGUCGCCGGUAACCAGACCACUGUAGUGUGCGGUAUAAUAUCAGAGGACACCAUUGCAGAUAUUCUGGACCCCCCGCUAGUAAUGUGACGUUAUACCUACUUUAAACUGGUCCAAUCGGCGGCCCAAUGAUGACAUCAGAGGACGCUUUCUGCUCCCUGCAACAUCAGUCAAGAAUGAAAAGUAAACCACUAAAGCAAGUCUUCUCUUUGUAAGACCCACUGCACUGUGCCAGCCAAACAAGGUUUAAGACCACCAUUUCAUACAGAUACAACUUUAUGGUGAGUUAGUGAAACCAGUAAAAUCCCCUUUUAACAAUGUUGAAAUACAAUGUUGCACAGUGUUAGUUGCUGGUUAACCGAUUUAAAAAGAUGAAAGACUCCUCAGACUUAAAAUGCUAGCAAGCAGUGAUGUGACUAUUUAUCACGCACACCAGGGCAAUAUUUAAUGCCCAUGAAGGUGUGCAAAUUGGGAUAAUCCCCCCCUCCCUUACCGAAUGGUUCUUCCCAGGAUGAGUUAUUUUAACAUUGUGCAAAUCUUAGUUUCUUUAAUGAUGUUGUUAUGCAAUCAUUCAACCAAAUAAAACACAGCGUACCAUGUACAGACGUUGGCUAACCGCAGGCUGGAAGCUGCUGCUAUUGGUCAGAAAUAGAGAAAAGUUUGUUUCAAUAUUAUAGAAAAAGGAAAGGAAAUGUGUCAAGUUCGUCUGUGCUAUAACAUGUGUUUCUCCACGCCUGUUUGUUUAAUAUGGAUGUGUUAAUGUGUGUUUUAGACGUUUGGCUAGCCAUCAGAACCUAAUAAUAUUUUUAAGAAAUCAUUGGGUUAAUAUCAAUGACAAUUCAACCUACGGACUAGGCCUAAUGUAUGCCUUAUUUAUUUAUGGGGUUAUGAUGUUUUGGUUGUAAUGUGUUAUUACAUGUAUGUGCAGGAUCACUUACUGUGUAAAAAAACAUUAGGAAAAGAAAUGCCAAACUAUGCUGUCUGUGGGUUCGUAUGUUAUCAGAGUGGUUGUCUCAGUAUUUAGCCAACACCCGCAGGUGCAAACCUUUAUGUGUAACAGUGACCAUGUGACCAUUGCCUGUGAUGUUGACAAAACUGAUAUGUGUGUCUAUGUGAGUGAUUGUCAGGGCUGUUAUAGAGCUAUUGAAAGGUCAAAUUGACUGUUGCAAUACAAUUUAAAAUAUAUGCAUAUGCUAUACUCUACAUAUAUAAAAAAUUAUAGUAUGAAUUUAAAAAGAUAAUAUAUUAUUAAUAAUAUAUGAGGAUAAUACAUAUUUAUUUGUUUAUUUAUUGUCGAAACUAAAAAGGGACUCAAUUUAUUUAUUUUUAUAUGGCGUUACUUUUACAGAAAAGUGAAGUAUUAUUGUCUAUAUUGUCUUAACUAAAAAGAUUAAAAGUUUCGAUGUAUGUUGAUUGUACCAGAUUAUUAUUGUUAAUCUGAAAUGAUACAAAAAGCAAUAAAAUCAUCUGAAUAAUUUCUCGAUAAUUCACUGAAUGAUUAGUGAACAUACAAGGAGCUGCUGGAGUGCGUGGUCAACUUGGAUCAGAAAUAGGAUUCAUUCUGAAAUAUGAUAAAAGAUGGAAGCCUACUUUGUGUUACUUAUGAAUGAUUGAGGGUCGUGAGUCUACAAUCCAUCAUAGGAGCCGUUUGAUAGAGACAAGAGUUCAAGCCGUGGACAACUGAACAGGAUGCCGAUGAUUAUGUUGGUUCAUACAAGCCGCAGUGACGUCAGCUGGUCAACAACGUCCGCUCACUUCCAUGGAGACGCGUAUGUUUGACCAACACGUCCUCAGACAAUUAAGACAUCCAACCAAAUAGAUGCCUAAAAAUGCAACCGUUUUCGUGCGUUAUGGACCGUACGAGUCAUGUGGACUAGUGGCAUAUCGCACGUUCCGUCUAGAAGGACUAGAGUGUAGGUAUUCCCAAAUAAAUUAAUUAAUGCGCGAUCUAUGUAUUCGAUAAUAGGCUAGUAGCCUAGGCUACCCAACCAAAUAAAUGCCUAAAAAUGCAACCGUUAGCGUGCGUUAUGGACCGUACGAGUCAUGUGGACUAGUGGCAUAUCGCACGUUCCGUCUAGAAGGACUAGAGUCUUCCCUUUUAGCACGCGGGCAUCGCUGCGUCCUCGAGGAGAGCAGAGACUGGAACACGGUGGAGAUCGUGGUGCACGGGGAGUGCGUGUUCACCUGCGGCGUAAAGGACCUGCAGUUCGGUGGAGACGGGAGACUGGAUCCUGUGUGCCAGAAAGCCGUUAUCGCUGUGGAAAAUGCUUACUGACACCGUAGCAUUAGUUUCGGGAAUCAAGACCAUGCAUUGUAAUUUUUAUUUUCUAAAGUAAAGUAGGUUUUAUAUAGAGUUUUAUAUAUAUUAUAGAUUUGAAAGAAAUAUAAAGGCUUCAGACACAUGGAAUAUGUUUCAGCAUUUAUUGCUAUUUUCAUUCAAGUUGUCAUUCAAUAUGACUACAAAAUAUUUAGAAUUCUACAUUUCUAUAUUUCUUAUUCCAUAAACUUUCCAUCACCGGCUGUACACAACCGUGUCAAUACUUAAACUUAACUUUAAAACACAAUAAACAGAUAGUUUUUAAGCAACUACAAAAAUAUG